GCUUCGUCUCCGCGUCUCGCGCGCCCCGCCGCAUAGGCGCCAGUCCUCCACAGAAAUUCCCACACCUCCACGCCGUACGGCCAGAGUCGCGGUCCCCGUCGAAUCCAUUCCAUGGCUCCACCCGCCGCCCCCACCGCACCGCACCACCGCACUCCUCUCUUUCUCCCCCGCCGCGCCGCCGCCACCGCGCGCGCUGCCAGGGCCGCUUCCCUCGCCGUCAGGGCCCAGCCGAACACCGCCGCCGCCUCCACCUCCGCCCCCGAGCCGCCGGAGAAGUUCAAGCCGCCUCCAGGGUUCAAGGUGCCCGAGCCCAAGAGGUUCGAGAUCAAGUCCGGCCAGCAGAGCAGUGUCCUCGGCGCUUUGCUCGCCAUCCCCCUCCGCCUCGGCACCGGCGUCUUCGUCCUCGGGUACUCGCCAUCACUUGUUUCUCCAUCAGAGAUACCAUCGGACCAAUAUGCGCUUGAAUUCGGAGCUUGGAAGGUGAAGGAGGAAUCAAAAAUAGGACAGUGCAAACGACCGGAAAAGCCGAUCGAGAUAUAUGAAUUUGAAGGUUGUCCAUUUUGUCGAAAGGUUAGAGAGAUGGUAUCAGUCUUGGACCUAGAUGUACUAUUUUACCCCUGUCCUCGAAAAGGCCCAACAUUCCGACCUAAAGUCCUUGAAAUGGGUGGAAAGAAACAGUUUCCUUACAUGGUGGAUCCAAACACUGGGGUCGCCAUGUAUGAAUCAGAUGACAUCAUAAAAUACCUAGCUGACACAUAUGGUGAUGGAAGUGUUCCAAUUAUGCUAUCGCUUGGUCUGUUGACAGCAAUUACAGCAGGGCUUGCUACUCUUGGUCGUAUUGGAAAGGGAAAUUCCUAUACUGCUUCAAGAAUCCCACCGCAGCCUAUAGAGAUAUGGGCAUUCGAGGGAUCUCCCUUCUGUAGAUUAGUACGAGAGACGCUUGUUGAGUUGGAAUUGCCACAUCUGCUACACAGCUGCGCACGUGGCAGCCUCAAACGACAAGAAGUUUUCAAGAAAAAGGGAGUUUUCCAGGCGCCUUACAUCGAAGAUCCUAACACGGGAGUCCAGAUGUUCGAAAGCGCAGAAAUCAUAGACUACCUGAAGGCAACAUAUGUCCUGUACCAAAGCUCAUAGUGACGUUAUCUCCAAUAGUCAUUGUAAAGUUGCAUGGACCGUGUAAAUUCAAUUCUUUCCGGUAAUAAAAGGAAAAGAUAAAGUAAACCACAAGUUCUGUAUGAUGCACAGCCGAUUUUUAUCUAUGCAAGUCUGAACUUUGAAGUUACUUCAAACUCCGUUCUCCUGGUUAAUCUAGUGAAUGAGUGAGUUCCCUUGUGCUGGAGAAGUUCGGAUCUUGGACUGGUGUUGAUUGUAGACUCGACUGUUCUGUUCCCUUGUAGUUCGGAUC